UGCUCAAGUUUUUAUGCAAGCCAUUGAAACUGGGUAUCAGUUGAAUUUUACCAAGUAUUAUGAACGUUAGAGUUUUGGUUAUAUGAUACACGUGUUCUUGUCCAAGAAAUUCAUCAAUGAUAGUAUUCUGGGACUUUUAUCAUUUACAUGAUUGAGGUGGCAUCGUGUUGAAUUAUCAAAAAACAGAAAAAGGUCAUAUCACUUUUUCCUGUUAUGCCAAAGGUCAAACUUGAUUUCCCAUUUUUAUAUUUAAAAAAAAAACCUUCUUUUAUCUUAUUUCUUCUUUAAGAAUUUAAUUUCUUAUUUACUAAUAAAAAACAAAAGUUAAUAAUUUUGACCACCAGAAAAAAUAAAAAAAAAAAAAGGAAAGAAAAGAAAAGCGAGAAAUGGUAUGUAAAUUACUGGGUGGACUUACCGAAGUUUGUCAUGAUUCGAGUUGCCCGCCUCAACCCUUCGUUUGAGAUGAGUUGAGCAUGACAAACAACUCGCUCGGAUGCUUCAAUCUUCACUCACAUUAUCCCUUCCCUCCCUCCAAGUCCACCGUCAAUGGCAGUGGUGCCUCUCCGCCUCCACCUUUCUUUCACCUCGUCGCCCCGUCACGUGUCGCGCCCCUCACUUGGUGGCUUACUGCCUUCGCUCAGCUCUCGUUCCUUCUUUUCCUCAGCUAACAACGGACCUCCUGAAAAAGGCGCCAUCCUCAAUGGGACGCCUCCGGCUCACUAUGCUGCGGAGGAUUCCGUUGCGCUUCCGGCAGGUCUGCGGAGAGAAUUGAUGCCGAGCCAUGUAGCCGUCAUCAUGGAUGGGAACAGGAGAUGGGCCAGAAUGAGGGGGCUGCCCGUCGGGUCGGGUUACGAGGCUGGAGCUCGGGCAUUUAGGAGUAUCGUGGAGCUUUGUUGCAAUUGGGGAAUCAGGGUUCUUACGGUGUUUGCUUUCUCAUCCGAUAAUUGGUUUCGCCCCAAAGUGGAGACAGAUUUCUUGAUGGGAUUGUUUGAGAGAGGAUUGAGAGAUGAACUCCAACAUCUAACGAGUGCAGGUGUUCGGAUUUCAAUUAUUGGGGAUGUCUCUAGACUCCUAAAGCCAUUGCAGGUAUUGCUAGCUGAUGCAAUGGAAACUACAAUAAACAAUUCAAGACUUCACCUAAUUAUUGCAGUCAAUUACAGUGGACAGAAUGAUAUUGUGCAAGCUUGCCAAAAACUUGCAAUCAAAGUAAAGGAUGGCCUCAUUGAGCCUGAGGAGAUCAACGAGUUUUUAGUUGAAAGAGAACUUGAAACAAACUGCACUGAUUUUCCACAUCCUGAUCUGCUAAUAAGGACUAGUGGGGAGAUAAGAAUCAGUAAUUUCUUAUUAUGGCAGCUGGCGUACACCGAACUAUAUUUUGCACAUUCACUUUGGCCUGAUUUUGGAGAAGAUGAGUUUCGAGAGGCAGUGUAUUCCUUCCAAAGAAGGCAGAGACGCUAUGGUGGACAAAAGUCUUAAAUCUAACAUUUGUUUGCAAAGGAUUUUCCCUUGUAUUCUAGUUUCCAGGGCAUGAUCCAAAUCAUCUUGGGGCGAUAUAGCCUACAGAGAAAGUGGACUCAAUCACAAAUCCUCCUGAAGGCUUGGAGAAAUUUAAACACCCUGGUCAGCAUCAUUUGAAUCUAAGGUAUGUGGAAUCAAUUCAAGAUAACAGCAAAUGAGAGACAUGUUUGGAUAACAGAGAAUCUAUUGCAUGUUUCUUAUGUCAUUCAGUCAGAUGACAUAAAUCAGGAUAAUCUUCACCGGCCAAAGUCUUGACAUCAGCAAUUUUUUUCCUUGUUUCUGCUCAAAGAUGCAUAACUAUGCUAGUGCCAAUAUUUGAUUUGCAAGAUCCUGAUUCGUCCUCAGUUAAGGAAGACUAAUAUUUGGCCCUUGCCACUGACUGCAUAUGAUGCCUAUGAGGAGCAAUAAAUGAGCUGUGGUAACCAUAUGCUUCCUAGUUGUGCUUGUUGGCUAAAUAAUGUCCAGAUUGCAAGUUGUCAGGAAUUAGGAUGUCAAGAUCAAUAUUAUAAGGUACCACUCUUUUGGUCUAGGCAUCGAUAAUCUGUUAAAAUUGAGUGAUUUCUGAAGUAAUAUCAAGGCAAUGCCUAUGCUAUCUACGAACUUAGAGGUAUGAAAAGUCCAUUCAUGUUUUAAACAAACUUCGAAUUAUCUGGAACAAUGUCUAUUUGAUCAUUUGAUUAGUGAUUCUCUUGGUAUACGUGUACAUUUUCAUCAUCUCUUGGUCCCUCUAUAGCAAUUGAAGGGGCAAGCAUAUCUGGAGUUGCUUUUUAAUAAAAUUUGAACAGUAGUUAUUUGCCUCAUUGACAA